AUGGGAGCAAACAAUCGAAAAGAAUAUAAAAGAGGGGCUUUUGGAGUUCAAGCAGAAGAUAAUGGCAACGACAACAAAGGAGAUGUUUUUGUGAUAUGCAUGCGCUGCAAAAGUUUAACCUUAAAAAAACUGCAGUCCAAAAAGCCCUGGAUAAUCUAUGUGACAGUGGUAAGAUAUCAUUUAAAGAGUGUGGCAAGCCUGAAAAUCUAUCUGGCUCGGCAAGAUCAGUUCAACAUCCCAGACAGUGAAGAGCUUAAUAAAAUGAAGGAAGAAAAUGCCAAUCUACAAGAACAGCUGAUUGAACAAAAGAAAGCCAUCAGUGAGGUUGAAGCAGAGAUGAAGUCUCUGCAGUCAAAUUUGACUAUGGAAGAGAUACAAGCUAAGGAAUCUAAACUGAGAAAAGAGGUAGGAGAUGAAAAGAAGCAUAUGAAUCUGGUCUUCCAGCAUAACUUGAAAAAAGAUAGAUUAGCCAUUGAGGGGUUGUAUUCGGAAGCUUUAAAUCAGAGGAGAAGGCGAAAAAGGAUCAGAGAUGUAUGGGAUGCCAUAACUGAGAACUCACCCAAAAAUCCAAAAGAGUUUAAGGAGGAACUUGGCGUUGAAUAUGACGAGGAUGUUGGCGUGAACUUUCAGUCUUUUGCUGACCUGAUCUAA